UUAAGAUAAAUAACCAUGUCUUUGGAGGUGGAAUCCGCAGACGUGAUCCGUCUGAUUAUGCAGUACCUGAAAGAAAACAACCUGCACCGGACUCUGGUCACGCUGCAGGAAGAGACCACGGUUUCUCUGAACACGGUGGACAGUAUCGAGAGCUUCGUGGCAGACAUCAACAGUGGCCACUGGGACACCGUCCUGCAAGCCAUCCAGUCCCUCAAGCUGCCGGACAAGACUCUGAUAGACCUUUACGAACAGGUGGUGCUGGAGCUUAUCGAGUUGAGAGAGCUCGGUGCAGCUCGUUCCCUCCUCAGACAGACGGACCCCAUGAUUAUGCUGAAACAGACCCAGCCUGAGAGAUACAUCCACCUGGAGAACCUGCUGGCUCGCUCCUACUUCGACCCCAGAGAGGCGUACCCAGAUGGCAGCAGUAAGGAGAAGCGCCGUGCAGCCAUCGCUCACGCCCUGGCAGGAGAAGUCAGCGUGGUGCCGCCCUCUCGUCUCAUGGCUCUGCUGGGACAGUCUCUGAAGUGGCAGCAGCAUCAGGGCCUCCUGCCUCCUGGUAUGACCAUUGAUUUGUUCAGGGGUAAAGCUGCUGUCAAAGAUGUGGAGGAGGAGCGUUUCCCCACUCAGCUCAGCAGGCACAUCAAGUUUGGACAGAAAUCUCACGUGGAGUGUUCCCGGUUCUCCCCCGAUGGUCAGUAUCUGGUCACCGGCUCCGUCGACGGCUUCAUUGAGGUCUGGAACUUCACCACCGGCAAAAUCAGAAAGGAUUUGAAGUACCAGGCUCAGGAUAACUUCAUGAUGAUGGAUGAUGCAGUGUUGUGUAUGUGCUUCAGUCGGGACACGGAAAUGUUGGCGACUGGAGCCCAAGAUGGAAAGAUCAAGGUGUGGAAGAUCCAGAGCGGUCAGUGUCUGAGGAGGUUCGAACGUGCCCACAGCAAAGGAGUAACAUGUUUGACUUUCUGUAAAGACAGCAGCCAGCUCCUCAGCGCCUCCUUCGAUCAAACUAUCAGAAUCCACGGGCUGAAGUCGGGUAAAACCCUGAAGGAGUUCCGCGGACACUCCUCUUUUGUCAACGAAGCCACGUUCACUCCAGACGGCCACCACAUCAUCAGCGCCUCCUCCGACGGCACCGUCAAGGUGUGGAACGUGAAGACCACCGAGUGCUCCAGCACCUUCAAACCUCUGGGAACGUCAGCCGGCACCGACAUCACGGUCAACAACGUCAUCCUGCUGCCCAAGAACCCGGAGCACUUCGUAGUGUGUAACCGCUCCAACACGGUGGUCAUCAUGAACAUGCAGGGGCAGAUCGUGAGGAGUUUCAGCUCCGGUAAGAGGGAAGGUGGUGACUUUGUGUGCUGCACUCUGUCGCCCCGCGGUGAGUGGAUCUACUGCGUGGGUGAAGACUUUGUGCUCUACUGCUUCAGCACAGUCACGGGCAAACUGGAGAGAACACUGACGGUCCACGAGAAGGACGUGAUCGGCAUCGCCCACCACCCCCACCAGAACCUCAUCUGCACCUACAGCGAGGACGGUCUGCUGAAGCUCUGGAAGCCUUAACUCCAGAGAGGAGAGCGGACGUUCCUCUCACUCUGCCACAUUUGAUCUUCUGUCAUUUCACAAACCCCGGUGAACUCCUCCCGGGUCUCUGAGGACAGAAAGUCUAGACGUACGGACAUGAAGUCAGUUUGACACGUUUUGUUUGAAAGUUUUUGUAUCAUUUUAAAGCUGAGUUUUUACAGCAGAGCCUUAUUCAAUCCAGCAUGUGAGAUAAUAAUGUGUAAGCCUCCUCCUUUCUUUUUUUUCUUUUAGUCUGUAAAAUAGUUCCUGGCUGGUUUGUCAAGCAUAGACGUAAAGAAAUAAUAUAAUGUGUGGAGGUGCUGGUAUUUAAACGACUGGUACAAAGACUGAGGGAAGAUUGUUCCACAUUAGUCAUUCAGGCAAAAAUAAAAAGGUUCUGCUGUUCAAUGCUGAAGCUUUACAGACUUUAAGAGGUUUUUUUUUUUCAGACAGUGUAGAUUUGAAAAUUCCAUUUCCUGUAAAUAUAUUUUUUUAAAUUGAAUUUCUCUUUUUGUUUUGUUUUUUUGUUUUUCCAAGAAUACCUGGUUAAAUAGUGUAUGGAUUGUGUUUGUUUUGUGUUUGUAUCAUAAACAUGAAUGAAACUUUUUUUUUUUUUUACUUAGAGGAAGGAGGUUCUGUCUGAGAGAGUCUGCCUCCCUGUGAUCCGGCUUCAUCACAACCUUUAGAGUUUAGAUUUAAAUUAAGCAGGAUAAAUGAUGACAGGUAAUAAAAGGAUGAAAUGAAAUGUUCCACAUGUACAAACGUCUCCUGUUUCAUCUCUGGUCUGUGACAUUAAAGCUAUUUAACCAGAA